AUGGGGUUUGAUGAAACUUGUCUCUAUGAAGAUCCUAUAGCAAUAGCAUCUUUUGCAGCCAUGGAGAAGAAUGUGGUGGUUUCAACUUCAGCCGGAAAUUUAGGCCCUGGUGGCCUUGGAUGGUUGCACAAUGGCAUCCCUUGGGUCUUGACUGUUGCAACCGGCACAAUAGACCGCUCAUUUGGUGGAGUAUUACGUCUCGGUAACGGUUUAACUGUUCCUGGAUUUUCCUUGUUCCCAACCAAGGCCAUUGUAGAAAAGCUUCCACUGGUUUACAACAAGACAUUAUCAGCUUGCAACGACACAGACCUAUUAUAUAAUGGUCCUAGUGCGGUACUCAUAUGUGAUGACAUUUCGAAUAUCCAUGGCCAAAUAUCUCAUAUCAUUGCUGCAGAGGUGCUUGGAGCUAUCUUUAUUACAAACGAUCCUAGUAUUCGUGAACUAGGAUAUGUUACAACUCCUAGUGUUGUGGUAAGUCCAUGUGAUGCACCACCCCUUAUCAAAUAUGCAAGAAGUGCUGACCCAAUUGUUAGCAUCGCAUUUCAACAAACUUCACUUGGGACAAAGCCUGCACCAGCUGCUGCAUCUUACAGUUCAAGAGGCCCAUCGUCAAGUUAUCCAGGUAUCUUAAAGCCGGACAUAAUGGCACCUGGGUCAUUAGUUUUAGCUGCUUGGCCUCCGAAUGUGGGAGCAGCUGCUCUUUUGAGAGGUGCACACCCGGAAUGGAGUGCAGCUGCUAUUAGGUCUGCCAUGAUUACCACAGCCAACCCACUAGACAACACGCAAAAUCCAAUUCGCGACAAUGGUGAUCAUCACUUCAACCCUGCUUCACCUUUGGCAAUGGGAGCAGGUCAGGUGGAUCCUAAUGCAACCCCUCAAGACUACCCAUCGAUCUCACUGCCGUUGGGGGAACAACACAGCCGCCAGACGAGUGCCGGCCACAAGAGAAACCAAACGAGCACAAACGAAGAGGGGCGGCAUAGUGAAGAAGGCGACGACCAAGUAGACAGGGUAACAAAUGGAGAAGAAGUUGGAGGCGAAGUGGCCAUCUAUACUGGAGAAGUAAGCUCUCACGCGAAAAAGAUUGAUAGCGGCGACGGUGGAGUAGAUGAACUCAACAAGAAGCAGCAUCAGAAAAUCCAGCAGGUGUGA